UUUAUUUUGACAAUGCAUCAUUAUGCGUCUCAAGACUAAGCAGUGUUUCUAGCUUCGUUUUAUAACAACUGAGAACUAUCUAGACGUGUUAGCUAAGAUUUUCUAACACAUUUGAAGAUGGUUUGCGAGAAGUGCGAGAAGAAGCUGGGGCGAGUCAUCACGCCUGAUACCUGGAAAGAUGGGGCUAGAAACACAACAGAGAGUGGUGGUCGAAAGCUUAAUGAAAAUAAAAUGCUGACAUCAAAAAAAGCCAGGUUUGAUCCUUAUGGGAAAUCUGGAUUUGCCACAUGCAGAAUAUGCAAAAGCUCUGUCCAUCAGUCUGGUUCACAUUACUGUCAGGGAUGUGCUUACAAAAAAGGAAUUUGUGCCAUGUGUGGGAAGAAGGUUCUUGACACCAAGAACUACAAACAAACCUCAGUUUGAUAUAUUAUUGGUUGAUGGAGAUUCGCCUGAGAUUCGAUGAGAAGGGGAUGUCUGUGUUGACUCUUCUUAGUGUUGAGAAUGAUCACUUGAGUUCACAAAAGAGUUUAGUUUGCGGCAAAAGGAGUGCACUAGUUUAUGACUGUAUUUAUAUAAAAUAUGUCAGUGGUAUUUUUCUCUCACUAAACAACCUUAGAGCAAUAUAUUGGCUUGUACUGUUUGGAUAAUGUAGAUGCUUUGAGUACAUUUGCUGGAAAACAUGUUUUGAAAAUGUUCUUAUUCAUUUGGAACCUUUUUUUUUUAGGAAAUAAUUUAUCAUUUUUAAUACUACCGAACAUGAUGACAGUGGUUAAGGCCUUUUAAUUAAAAUAAGUUCUCUUCAUGGCAAUUUAUUGCCCUUUUUUACUUAUUUAGCCGUUAGACCGUACUAAAUUCUAGACUUUGAUUUUUAAAUGUUACCUCUUCCCACAGUGAAAAAAAAUAUAUGUAUAUAUCUAUCUUGUUCAAAGUGAUAUUUCCUCUACUGUUUUCAAGGCAGAAUCUAAUGUAAAUAUGAGACAAAUAGACCGUGACAUACCAGUAUAAGACCGCUACAAGUUCAGUGUACAGUGAUGUUUUUAGUAAUCUGUUUCCACUUCAUAUUCUUCUGCCACUGGUUCUUUUCGUCAACGCUGUUCCAGAUUUUUUUCUGGAGAUCUGUUGUUUCCUUUUUUUAGUGAUCAUCUGGAAUUUCAUUUCUCUUGGACCCAUAUAAUUGUAUUAUAAUAGGGUUUUUAGAAAGUAAUUUUUGUGGGUCCUCUUACAGUAUGUGUGUUUUUUCCCAUGUUUUAAGUGCGAGAAGUCACAACAUAGCAAUACUUAGAUUCUGUAUAAUAUAAUUUCCUUAAUACAAAUUAAAUGAAGAUUUCUUCGGGACACCUAUUACAACGUGUGACUGUUUUUACAUCUGUAAAUAUUUAUUGAAAAAUAAAACAUUUUGCAGAAAUAAUUUAUUUGCAUAAAAAAGCAAAGACAAAUGCAUCUCAUAAUGGUGCUUUAUUGUUGCAGUUGGCAUAGUUGACAUUUGUUUUGAUUUCUUACACAAUUCAGUUCUAUAUAUUAUGUAAUAAAGUGACAAUAUCCUAA